GAGUCUUUGGCAUGCACGGCGUGCCAAGUAUUCACUGGCUAGACAUUUUUUAAUUAAAUUAGUUUCAGGCUAAGAAAGUCAUCUACUUAGUCUGACUUAGUUUGUUACAAACUAAGUAUGUAAGUAUGACGCUGCGUGUACUGUCUGUAAGCUAGCUGGCUCUCCUUAGUUCCGUUUCUCUUAAUCAAUGCGUCGACCUGUGUCAGCCUAAAAAACGAGGCAUGCGCCUAGGUAGUGUAUCUAUCGGCCUUCUUAUCAGUGUCGUGCUUUCAUUGGCGAGCUUGCGUCUCUGGUUAAUUAUUUAUAUUUAUCCUAUGGAUAACACAGACUACCGAGGGAGUCCGAGUGUGUGCAAGCAUGGAUGUGAGCUUGAUUAUUUAAGCCUAACAGACUAGGCAUCUAUCCGUCUGUCUCAUUCUGGUCGAAGAUUGGUUGGUAGUAAGUUGCAGCGGCUUGCCGUAUCUAUCAGUAUAUCGCAUUUAUUUCGCUUUCAUUCUACGCAGUGAAUACAUAGGUUAGUUACUUAGCCAGACGCAUUAUUCUUAACUUAUGCUAGUGCAUUCGUUCCACCUUCUUCGUGCUCCCGUCUUUUCAAAUGAUAACUAACAAA